AUGGAACCUUUCGAUCGAUUUGAGCUCUCAGAGCUUGAUCAGAUAAUGCCUCGGGUCUACGUUCGGUGGCUUCUAUGUAUCCCAAUCUCCCAAACUUCGCCGUCCAAACCGGAGAUUGUCGAAAAUCUAACAGUCGCGAUCAAAGAAACACUGACGAGGCUACCGAUUCUCCAAGGUAUUCUUGUUCCAAAAGCCUUGGAUCCGAGCCGGCUCGAAGUUCAUGUCCCAAAAGAAAGACCCGACUUUGAUUUGCGAGUGCAGCAUCACACUGACGAUACUGACGACACACUGCCGACACAUGAGAGUCUCAAGGAGGCUGAGUUUCCAACAUCUUCACUGCCAGACGCAAUCUUAACACCUCCUGAGAAAAGUCCUCCACCAGUGUUUGACAUGAUGGCAACGUUCAUCAGAGGCGGACUACUUCUCUGCAUUAAGUGCCAUCAUGCAGUCGUUGACGGAGGAGGGAUGGGACUCGUCAUCAAAUUUCUGGCCCAGAAUUGUUUCGCUGUAUUUGGCAAUGAAAGUCGAGCGACUAUUAAUCCACCCUCUAUCGACCGGUCUAUUCUACCUCCGGGAAAGCGAUCGGACCUAACCGUAGAAAACGGAUUCCGUAUCGUAGACCACGAGGGCACUGCCCAGAAAACAAACGAGUACGAACCUAUGACCUCGCAUACUUUCAAAUUCAAACCAGAGGCCCUCCAAAGGCUGAAAUUAUUAUGUACUGCAGAGACCGAGUUUAUCAGCACUCAGGAUGCACUGACAGCACUACUUUACGGAUCUGUGUCCUACGCUCGAGGUCUUCGCCUUACAAAGCACUCAACCAAAAGCGCUAGCCUUCCGUCUGUGAUGGGCAUUGCCGUGGACGGACGAGGGAAGCUCCAUCCUCCUUUAGUGAAUUAUGCUGGAAAUCUGACCAUAUAUGCAACAUACUCUAGUCCAAUUUUGCUCCCUGUUCAGGCUAUUCCAAGGAAUUCAUUCGAGAAUUUCGAGUUCCUUUCACAACGUCUCAGACUGCCCUCGCUGGCCUGGCAAACACGAAAAGCAAUUACUGGUGUGACCCAGGACUACGUUGAAUCUGUGAUAUCUGUAGCAAAGUCACUUGAAGAUAUUUCCAGACUCCAACCCACAUUUGCCAAUUUCUACCAAGGCACAGAUUUCUUCAUCACCAGUGGAGCAGACUUCCCAGUCUUCGAGCAGGAAUGGUGGCAAGGCGGGAAGAUUGAAGCUAUGAGAAUUCCGUUCAAAGGACACUGGGAUGGGUCAUGUGCAGUACUUGCUACUGAGAACAGAAAGAAAGGCUUGGACGUCAUGCUUGGCUUGAGAGAAGAUGACAUGGCGGUCGUGCAGGAUAUCCUGCUUGCAUUCGGAGCUCAAAUCGUCUAA